AUGGCGGCUGAUCGACUGCCUCCGGCCGUGGUCUUGCAGCACAAGGGCAUCCGAAAGGCCCGACGAAGCUCCCAGGAGGCCGCGAAGCCGGAGUUCACUGGGCAGCAGGACCCAGCCGAAGCAAGGGAGCAGGCUCAAGGCUCUCCAGGAGACAGCGUGACAUCCCAGAGCCUAGAAGAGGCCGAAGAGGCCUUGCAGCUUGCAGAUGCCUUCCCAGGCUUGGGUAGAGCUGGGUAUUGGGACUGUUGGAAGGGAGGUUCCAAGGGUUCGCAGGAACCGCGAGACUCGAAAUCCAAGGGUACGAGGACGAUUUAUCCCAAGGAUAACUAUCCAAAGGGCGCCCGCUGGAAGGGCUCGAAAGACCACCCUCCGUUUCGAGAAGAGGUGCCGAAAUAUUAUUUCGAGCCAGAGGAGGAGCUGCAAAAAACUCCGCAAAGAAUCGAACUAGGAGGGGGACACUAUUUCGAGAACGCCCCUCGUGUCAUUGCAUCCAGGGCUCAGGGCCCAAGUUGGCAGCUCCGGAUACCGCACUACCUGGGCUUGAACCUGGAACCCCAUGAUCUGGGCCUCGCCCAACUGGCUAGAGCUUUCGCUUCUGCACUGGAGAAUACUCUGCAAGUGCCACUGGUCGUCCCUCCUUUGAACACGCGGUCAUGCUGUUCUUGCGACCUGGAGCCUUUGGACUGCCGACAGGAUUUUCAGAAACUUGAAAACCCGCGCUUGGGGUCGCAUUCGAGUUUCGCUUGGCCGAAACCGCUGCACAUGACAACCUUCUUCUUGGGAGGUUCCAGGGCCGUCCUGGAAGCUCUUCGAUGCCACGGCGUGGAGGCGGCGCUGCACAUUCAAGGCUCCAGCUGGAGAGUACGAGGAAGACAUCUCGUCUAUGCCGAGGAUGCGCUUCUCACUAUGUCUCUCCACAUGGAGUCUGACGGUCUCCCGAUGGACCCAGACUGCGUGCCCCACGUCACGCUUCUCUUCAAACCGCCCUUCACACCAGCGCAUGCGAACGAAGUGCUGCGCACCGCCUGGCAUCUUGGGCUGACGAGUACUGCAAGUACCUGUGGAAGCAAUGAACCGGCGGUGUUGGCUGCGCCUGCUGCAGAUAUUGCAGGUGGAACUCGGGCUCUCUAUGCCUGGCAAGUGCCAGCAACUGCCAGCUUUCAGGCUUGUCUUGAAAGUUUCUGGACGUCCUGA